AUGUCUCACUACUCUCAAUCGUCAAGGACACCUCCUCCGAACCCACCUAGAACCCCUCUGGAGCUACCGGUUAUUCCGGAACGUGGUGAAGUCACCAGUCAGACAGUGGGACGCCGAUCAGCACUUGAAAGGGUGGAGCUACCCCAACAGGAACAACAGAGAUCAGGUGGCUUCUCGAGCUCUCUCUUAGCUCGUCUGCAGGAUGUUGAGGUCACCUAUGAACAAGAAGACCUUCGUAACAAACUGAAUGAAGGAAGCUCCGGAAGUAAGAGAGCUCAGAGAUCACCAGAAGAGAACCUCAGCUCAGGGCAGAGAGUUCCUGCGACUCUGCGUAUUGGAUCUCCACCAGGGGCGGCUACAAAAACACCACGAGCUUCUGCGAAUAAAAAGCAGGCUGCUGGCAAGGCGGUAGUGAAGAGGAAAACCCCAGCUAAACCAGCACCUCAGGGGAAGAAGGCACCUAAAGCCAAAGUCAACAGAAGCCCUCUACAAAGCACGAGACUGUCUAAACAAAUGACGACUCGGUCUGCGAAUCAAGCACGCAAGCGGCUUUGUAUAGAAAGGGAGACGACUGAUAAUUUACCUGUUUCUCAGGCUCAAGAUCCACCGGCUAUGGUGCAGGGACUAGGAGGAGAACUGACAGUUCCAAGGAUCCGGGAAAUAAACAAGACACUGUCCCCGGAUAUACUCUUUCUUAUGGAGACCAAGAACCAAGAUGACUUUGUGCUCUCGGAAUUGCGCUUUCUUGGUUAUGAACAUCACUUUACAGUCCCUCCAAUAGGGCUCAGCGGAGGACUGGCGCUGUUUUGGAAAUCAGGCUUCUCACUCGACAUCCUUGAAUCAACUCCUCACUUUAUUGAUGCCAAAUUGAAGGAGCACCGUGCUGCGUUCUGGGAAACAAUCUCCCAUCUUGGUAGAGGCAGAGAUACGGCCUGGCUUCUGUCAGGUGAUUUUAAUGACAUCCUGGAUAACGUAGAGAAGGUGGGAGGACCAGAAAGAUGUGAGGGCUCUUUCAUCCCAUUUCGUGGUUUUGUCUCUGAGAAUGGCCUAUGGGAUGUGAAGCAUAUAGGCAACCCUCUGUCAUGGAGAGGUCAAAGAUGUACCCACUUCAUUAGGGCCCGGCUUGAUCGCUCGUUAGCAAACUGUGCUUGGACAGAUUUAUUCCCGUCGGGCCGCUGUGACUACCUCAGAUUUGAGGGAUCAGACCACCGCCCCUUGGUCACCUAUCUAGAUACCUCCAGGAAGAAACGGAGACGCUUAUUUCGUUACGAUCGGAGCAUAAAGGACCUGCCAGAAGCUAAAGGGAUCAUUGAGGAAGCAUGGAGGAAGGACGUUCUGGAGCAAGUGGAGGAUAAAAUAAAGCGUUGUCGUAAUGAACUGAUUCGAUGGUUCAAAAUCAAGAAGGAGAACAGUGCCAAAGCGAUUGUGGCGCUCCAAACCAGCUUAGAGGAGCACCUUUCCUCAGGGGAACCUUCUCCUGAAAAGAUUAAAGAGAUCUCUCAACAGCUCAGCAAAGCUUAUAAGGAGGAAGAGCAGUUCUGGCGACAAAGAAGUCGAGCUGAAAUUGGUGGAGUGUUUGCUGAUUACUACUCAAACCUCUUCACCUCUGCUGGCUCAACUGGAUUAGCGACAGUGGAGGAGGUCAUCUCUUGUUGCAUUUCGCAGGAAACUAAUCAAGCCAUUACUGCCAUCCCGUCUGAUCUUGAGAUCCAUCAUGCAGUUCUUGACAUAAAUGCGGAGAAAGCGCCGGGACCCGGUGGGUUCUCAUCAGGUUUCUACCACUCGUUCUGGAAUGAGAUAGGGGAGGAUAUCUGCCGGGAAGUUAGAGAGUUCUUCUUGUCGGGGAAGAUGGACACUAAAAUCAAUGAGACAAAUAUCUGCCUACUUCCCAAAGUUCCAGGUGCAAAGAGCCCCUCUGAGUUCCGCCCAAUUGCUCUUUGCAAUGUUCGAUACAAGAUCGUUGCAAAGAUACUCACUCUGCGCCUGCAACGGUACCUCGAUCUCAUUGUGCCCAAGCAUCAGUCAGCGUUUGUCCCGGGAAGAUCCAUCACUGAUAAUAUCCUGAUUACUCACGAGACCCUGCACUACUUGAAGAUUUCAGAAGCGACGAAACGGUGUGCCAUGGUAGUAAAGACUGAUAUGAGUAAGGCGUACGAUCGGAUAGAGUGGGAUUUUCUCGAGAGGGUUCUUCUGCAACUGGGCUUUGAUCCAGUGUGGGUGAAUUGGGUGAUGGAGUGUGUCACUACGGUCUCUUACUCGUACCUCAUUAACGGAGCACCUUAUGGUCAGGUCCAACCGUUCCGGGGACUGCGCCAAGGAGACCCUUUAUCUCCGUAUCUGUUCAUCUUAUGCGCGGAGGUACUCACUGGGCUAUGUAUGAAAGAGCAGCAGUUGGGACGGUUCAAGGGCUUGCAAGUCGCACGCAGAUGCCCAUUCAUUAACCACCUUUUGUUUGCUGAUGACACAGUCUUCUUUAGUAACACCAGUGUAAAGAGUUGUACCUCUCUAAUGAGGAUCCUCAAGCAAUAUGAAGAAUGUUCGGGUCAGUGUAUUAACCUGGACAAAUCGACAGUCUCUUUCUCCUCCAAGACGCCUGCAGAGAUAAAGAGCAGAGUACAAGCAGCGAUUGGAAUUGAUAAAGAGGGUGGAAUGGGAAAAUAUCUAGGGCUCCCGGAGACCUUUGGGAGGAAGAAGAAGGAUGUAUUUACGGGUCUGGUGGACAAAAUCCGCCAACGAGCUCAGUCUUGGCCCACUAAAUUUCUUUCAGGAGCAGGAAAGCAUGUCAUGCUUCAAACUGUUCUAUCGGCGGUCCCCAACUACUCCAUGUUAAGCUUCAAGAUUCCAAAGUCUCUGUGUAAGCGCAUCCAAUCGGUACUUACCCGAUUUUGGUGGGAUAGUGCACCUGAUAAGCACAAGAUGGCGUGGGUCUCGUGGGACAGAAUGGCCACACCCAAGUGUGUUGGAGGUUUAGGCUUCAAGGAUUUGGAAACAUUCAAUGACUCCUUGCUAGCUAAAUUGGGAUGGCGUAUCAUGAAUAAUCCAGAAGCUUUGCUCUCACAGGUCUUAAAAGGCAAGUACUUUCCAGAAUGCUCCUUUAUGGAGAGCACACAAAAGCAAGCUGCAUCACAUGGCUGGACAGGAAUAUUGGCAGGCAAGGAAGUCCUCAAAAAAGGGUUAGGCUAUUUGGUGGGGGAUGGAGAAAAUAUUGCUGUCUGGUAUGACCCAUGGCUCUCCACGUCAAAACCCCUAACCCCCAUAGGCCCGCCAACGUUUGAAAACCAACAGCUCAGAGUAAGAGAUCUUCUCCUGCCAGGGACUAACGAGUGGAACUUGCCGAUGGUGCGAUUGCAUUUACCUCAGUAUGAGGAGGUUAUUAGACAACUAAUUCCCAGUGCUCUAAAACCACCAGAUAAGAUCGUCUGGUUAGGAGAAUGCAAAGGAAACUACACAACAAAAACUGGUUAUAAAAUGGCCAAUCUCAUUGAGCAGCACCAAUUGCCAUUUGGUUUUGAAUGGGUUAAGCAUGUCUGGCGGUUGGACGUACCAGGGAAGUUACAACACUUCUUAUGGAGGGCGUUGAAUGAGGCUCUCCCGGUGGCGGAUCUCCUGCUCCGAAGAGGAAUUGAAGUUGCUCCAGAAUGUAAAGUUUGUGGAGAGGUGGAAACGAUUCCUCAUCUGCUAUUCCUCUGUCCCUUUGCGCAAAAGACUUGGGAACUGGCGCCUUUGGUCCUGACAAGAACACAGGCUCAAGCCUUCCCCCCAAGUGAUCUUCGCCAGAUGCUCACUCUUCUACCAAAUGUGAUCAAUCUACCACCUGCAGGCUUCACUUGUUCUCCCCUGUCCCCAUGGAUCGUGUGGAACCUUUGGAUAGCAAGGAACAAGAGACUCUUUGAAAACAAAGUAUACACAGUUGAGGAAACCCUUUCAAAGGCGGUUAGAGAUGCUAAAGAAUGGGAGUUAGCUAAGGAAAAACCUGUAACAAAAGAGCUUCUUUCAAGGAGACAAGAAGAAUCACUUGGAGACUAG